AUGAUAGCACCAAUCUUCAAACUCGAAGCGACAGCCCUCAACGCCAUUCGCUCUCUUCCCCCAGACAUCUACCUCGUCCACGCAACAAACUGCAUCGCAGAGUGGGGCGCAGGCAUCGCAGCUGAACUUGCAACCGUAUUCCCAUCCGCAUGCAAAGAGUACAAAAGCUUCUGUAACUCCGGCACCUCAGCAGGAGCAUGCCAGAUCAUCCCACCUCAACCUUCCGACGUAGCCAGUGGGGCGCCAAAGAUACAUAUCGUGUGUCUUUACACGAGCUAUGGGUACGGUAGACCGAACCCAAGGACGGGAAAGCCGGGGAAGGACUCUGCGGGGAAGAUCUUGACGCAGACGAGGAUGGCUUUGAAGGAUAUGAGGAACCAGUUGCAAGGGAAGCAGGAUGUGACGAUCUAUUCGCCCAUGUUUAAUUCGGGCGCUUUUCGGGUGCCGUGGGAGAAGACGAAGGCGGUCAUUGAGGAGGAGUUUGAUGGGUUUGAAGGGCAUUGGUUGGUCAUGGCACCGCCGUCUUGA